UUCUGCAGAUUUUUUGCUUGCAGGUCAACAGAAGGAAAAUGGGCGUUUUAUGGAAGCCCAUUUAAGUGUUUACUCCGACUUGUCAUCAAUCAGUUCGCCUCGUUAACAGAUGAGCGAAGUGCAACUCGCUGUUUAUAGUUGUUAAUGGUAUAAAACCUUUAUUGGGAUUUUUUCCACAAUACCGUUGACUUCUGUCAGUGUAGUUCACUUCCAAGAUGCUGCGGGUAUUUAUAGCUCUUUGCUUCCUGACGCUCUCCUACUGCCAGAGAAACGGCAGGUUCGGGGGCAGUGACUUCUUUGGGGGUGACUUCAACAACGGUGGGCGUGAUUUCAACAACGGUUUUGAUUUUGGGAACCAGCUCGGAGAUGUCGGUGGUUUUCAGGCCGAUUUCAUCGGAGCUCCGGCAUUAGGUUCGGGUCUUUCCGCCAAUAGCCUCGGGAUUGACAAUUCAGAGUUAGGAAUUUCCACGUUUGAUGGAAUUUCUUCCGACAGGUUUGGAGGUUUAGGCGGUCAAGGCAACAGUUUUGCCCGCUCUUCAAUUUCGUCAUGGGAUAAUGGCGGAUUUGAUUCCGGUUUUGGUCAGCAAGAUUUCAUUAGCGGAUCUCAGUGGAGUAGCGGAGGUAACCGACGUUCGAGCUUCGGCUCUGGUUCCGGCGGUUUUAAUCAAGGAUCCUUCCGCCCGACACCCCAACGAAGGCGGCGAAGACCACGUUAUUAGACAAUCGGUAUAGACUAUAUCUAGAUAACUAAUACCUUCAACCAUUCUCAUCAGUUUGUCAAUUAUACAAAAUAAAAUUUUAAAACAACGAGUGGAAACUGUGUAU